GCAGCGUCAGCCGCCCCCACGCGCCUGUCUGUCCAUAGAUAAGAAUGCAAGCAGCAUGAUUCAAGGGCACCGGCUGAAAAGAAGCGGAUAGGAAGCUGAGAGAAACCGGGUGGAGAGAAACCUCGUGUUCAAGUGCUGUCAGAGAAGAAGUCAGCCAGUUUGAGUUAGUUCAAAAAGAAGACUCCUGUGAAGCAGCAAUGGACCAAGCAAGGUCAACGAUUUCCAAAAUUUUUAACGGGGAGCCGCAUUCCUACACCCGUUUCAACCUGACCCAGAACAUGGAAGGCGAUAACAGCCAUGUGGAGAUGAAGCUGUCGUCCGACAUGGAUGAGGAGACCGGGGCAAACGGUGUGGGAGAACACCUUAAUCACAAUUCCAACCGCAAACCCUAUGUGGCUCCAAAGGUCGGGCGCACCCCUAAGAACCUCUGCUUCAUAGCCGCUACCACCCUCCUCAUCUUCAUCAUCGGGUAUUUGAUUGGUUUCCUGGUUCAUCGGAAGAAGGACGUUGCUCCCAACUGUCCCGGUCUCCCAUCAGAAGAAGGAAUGCUCCCCCCUGAGACAGGUGCUGCCCCCCUCAUGGACUGGGAUGAUGUCAAAAAGCUCCUUAAAGAGAAAGUCUCUGUAGCCAAGUUCGAAUCCGUUUUCAAUGAGUUCUCUACUACUAACCACCGGGCUGGUUCUCCAGGAGACGAGAAGCUGGGAGACAAGGUGCACAAUAAGUUGAAAGAGUACGGCAUGAAAGUCUGGACUGAUGAGCACUUCGUGAAGGUUCAGGAUCCCCCCGCUUCUCCAUCCAACAGUUACACUUUCAGGAACCAGACUGAGCAGCUUGAGGGAUUUCUGUCCUACAGUGCCGCUGAAACAGCAACGGGGGCUGUCUUGUACGCGUUUUACGGGCAGGAAUCUGACUUUAAGAUGCUGCGGCAAAAGGGCAUCAACAUGAACGGCAGGGUCAUGCUCGUCAGGACUGGUCGGAUCAGCUUAGCAGAGAAGGUUGCCAAUGCUGCCAAAAUGAACGCCUCUGCUGUGCUGAUCUACCCAGACCCUGAAGUUUUCUCCAAAGCAGACAACUCCGCUGUGUUUGGACAUGUCCACUUGGGUUCAGGAGAUCCCUACACCCCAGGCUUCCCCUCCUUCAACCACACCCAGUUUCCACCCAUCCAGUCUUCAGGACUUCCAAAAAUCGUGGCUCAGACCAUCUCGGCUCUCAAUGCUGACAAGAUUUUGAAGUACUUGGGGGGUGAGAAUUUGCCAGACGGAUGGGGAGGCUUCCACAAACUGGGAGGAGAAAGCGACACUAUUACUGUGACGGUCAAUAAUGUUCUCACUGAGAAGAAGCUAAUCAAUGUCUUCGGGGUCAUCAAAGGCUUUGUGGAUGCAGAUCGAUAUGUGGUUAUCGGCGCUCAGAGGGAUGCAUGGGGUCCAGGUUUUGCUACAUCCACUGUUGGCACCAGCGUCCUUAUUGAGCUGGCACGUUCCAUCUCAGACAUGGUGGAGAACAAUGGAUUCAAACCGAGGAGAAGCAUUGUGUUCGCGAGCUGGAGUGGUGGGGAGUAUGGGAGUAUUGGUGCUACAGAGUGGCUGGAGGGUUAUCUGUCUUCUCUGAGCAUGAAAGCCUACGCCUACAUCAACCUGGAUGCUGUUGUAACAGGUCAAGGGGGAUUUAAAGUGUCAGCCAGUCCGUUGUUGCACAGCCUGAUCCAGAGCACUAUGAAAGAGGUGAACUACCCAAACAGCAAAACUACUCUCUAUUCUCAGUUUGGAAAGAUUAACUGGGAAGCAAGUGUGAUGCGGCCUAUGAGGAUGAAUGAUGCUGCGUAUCCAUUCCUCGCCUUCUCUGGCAUCCCCUCACUCUCAUUCAGCUUCAACUCUGAGACUUCAUACUACCCGUACUUUGGGACAUUGCUGGACACCCGGGAUAAGCUGAACGUUGCCACAGGUAACCAGGCUACUCAGCUAGCUGAGUUAGCGAGCCGGUUCGCUGGUCACAUGGUGCUGAGGCUGGUCCAUGAUCAUCUGCUGCGGUUCGACCUGAAGAAGUACAAGAACAUCAUACAGAUUAAUGUGGCUCAGAUCGACAUGAGGGUGACGGCUAUCAAAAGAAUGCAGUCCCAGAAGCUGCCUCAGAGCCUGACUGUGCAGUGGUUGAGGUCAGCCUCUGGCUCGUACAGCCGCGCCGCUGACAGCCUGAUGGCAGACAUCCAGAACAGCAACCUGGACGAUGUCGAGAUGUGCCGCAUCAUUAAUGACCGCAUCAUGGCUGUGGAGAGGAACUUCUUGUCCCCGUUCGUGUCCCCCAGAGAGACUCCUUUCCGUCACAUCCUGCUGGGUUCUGGUCCUCACACUCUGAAGGGUCUGUCCAACCACCUGGAAGCCCUCAGAGCGAACAACCCCGACGCAGACGCCGAACAGUUCCGCAACCAGUUCGCCCUGGCCACCUGGACUCUUCAGGGCUGUGCCAACACACUAGCUGGGGAUAUUUGGGCUUUGGAUAACGAAAUCUAACAAAUGUUUCCUCCCUCACCUCUUUGACUGAUGGUUUGGCCUUCCCACAGUCACAGAGGCAGAGAUUUGAAAUGUAUCUCAAGAUUAUUGAGUAAAUGAUAAAAGAGGAACCAUCUCUAAAUAUUACAAAUAUCACAUUUCAGCUGCCUAAACCCCCUCUUGUCUAAAGUUACCUAAAAAGCCAAACACUUAUGACAAAAGACCCUCAUCUUUUAGCCUCAACUGACAAUAAACAAUCGUAGGUCAUCCUCUUUUUCCCCCACUGUGAGAAAAAAGUUCAGUUAUUUUUCUAACAUGAUUUCAUUGAGCAUAUAAUUUAUUGAAACAUGGCAUUUUGAAUACUUUGGUGCUAGUAACAACUACCUGAAAUGGCCUUCUAAAGUGGCGGUAUUACUUAAACUGGCACUACAUUAGAAAUGAGUUGAACGUAGUGGAUGUGAUCUCUCUUCAGCACAGUAUCAUCCGGUCCUAAUCUCAGGAAAGGCUGUUUGCCAUCUCAACAUGGCGGUAGGAUAUAAUAAGCUAACAUUGUUUACCACAGCUCUUACAGAUCAAAAACUGCUAGUAUUCCCACUGCUGCUGCUGGAGCCUCAUGUGCUAACCUGAGCGAUUUCACAUUGGUAGCUAUAAUUUCAAACUGUGCUGAAAUCUGCUGCUCGACUCAUUGUCAGAGAACCAGGAGUUUAAAAGAAAGGACAGAAGAUACUUCUAAACUUAGAAGUAGAUCUUGGACAAUCAGCUGGAACCAUUUGAUGAUUCCCUGUAACAUGCAAUAAUAAUAAGAAAACAAUCUUAACUUGAUUAUCUGAAUUGUCCACCUUCUGACAUUAGAUCAAACCUCCAUAGGCCUUUUAAGAACCAAGAGAGAAUGUCUUCAACCAUGUGGCACUGAAACAGAAACCGUACGUCUAUUUAUUGUGUUAUUUAUUUAUCAGUGACAGGGUUCACUAUAAAUAGUUUUUUUAUUGCCUUUUAUAAGAAAAAACGAUGUAUAAUUAUCGGGAGCAGUGCCUUCCAUAAUUAUGACAGUUAUACUGUCGAAAUGACAAAAGCAGCAUCUGCUUAACAGAAGUGUACAUGUGGACCGACGGCCGGUACUGAACACAGAAAACGGCACAACUUUGAGGUGAUUCAUCUUUUAAAACUGACACUGGAUCGGCGGGUAUAACUGAAAUCCUCUCUGUGUCAGUACAGGUCCUUGAUGCAUGAACACCUCUAGUCCCAGCAUUAUCGGGAGCAGUGUCUUCCAUAAUGUGCACAAAGAAGAAGGUAGUUUUUUUCUACCAGUGUGUGUCUGUAUCGGAGGCAGUGCCCUCCAUAUUUCACUGUAGGGGUGGAUAUUUUUAUUAUCGGGGACAGUGUUUCCCAUAAUGUUUGUAUAUACAGUUCAUUGCUACACACCGCACAUGUCGUCUGCAUCUUUAGGAGCCUCCUCUGCUGUUUCCUUGCUGUAGUUUCCUCUGAUGGUGCUGAUUUUUUUUUUUGCACAAAGCUAACCAAUCUAUUUGCCUCACUUCAAUCAAACACUUCUCAGUGUCACCUUUUCUUUGGACGUUACACGAGACAGACAUGGAAGGACUUUGCUUUAAAGAGAAAUGUUUCCAACAUGUUUGGGACCACUGUGGUCACAGCUGUGAGGUCUAGUUUUUCCACUCUGCUAAAUGGGUUUGUUUAUAUUGAUUUAUUUACUGUGUGUGAAAGUAAAUUCUGCUUUCUGUUGUGAUGUGUUCAUUCUCAGUGAAAGAUUUCCUUGUGCCUUUUUGUGUUACGACCGCAGUAUAGACCUGAGUUUCUACAUACAGGAGAAUACUUCACUAUGAUCUGGGGAUGUGUAUUUGGCUUCUUUUAUUUAGUUUUGACAUUUCUGUUUUUCUUUUAUGUCCUUUUAUUUUGCUAGAAUCAAAAGUUACUUGUUUAAAGCCCUGUAUGAUACAAUAUUUAGGUACAAUGAGCAGCUACAGAGUAAAAAAGUGUAAAGAAAAGAAUCAUUGUAAAUGUGAUGUUAAAAUUACAGCCAAUGUUACAAUUGUUAUUGUGUUCCUCUAAAUUCUCUAAAUCUGGUUACUUACUUUUUCCAGUUUACCUUAUUACGAGGACCAGCUGAUGUUAAACCUCCAGCAGAAAAACAGGAAUGUAAUCGCUUUACAUCAAGUGCCGCUCUAUUCAGAUCUAUUUAUCAUUAAGUCAUUCGUAGUUUGAGUGAUUAAGAUACACAAAACUCUGUUGUUUUUAUUAGAGUUACAUUUUGUAUUUUAUUUCUAUGCCUUUAUUCAAGACAGUGCAAACUGGGAGAGUGGUGAGGGGCCACCGGUUGGGAUUGAACCCAGGCCGCCAGCUCAAGAACUAUAACCCCUAAAACUCUGUUUUGAAUGAAGCUGCAGGAAUUGGUUUGAAUGAUUGGUCUUUGAAAACUGUCUGAACAAGAAUGUGUUUAAUGUAACCACGCAUUUUCUCUCUAAACUGUAUUCAAGCUUGCAUAGCUUUACAUUUUUUGUUGCUGCAAUAAACAAUCACAUCACGAA